AUGGCAACAGACAGAAAGCGAGUUGCAGGACCCGAGUCGAGUGUGGCUCCUCUGGUCGAAUACCCCAUCGACCACCAACCAUGGACUCCCUUCACCGAGAAGCGCCACGACUCUCAUCGCCAGCCUGAGGACUUGCGUCCUAUCUACUUGAAGACAGGAUUGAUCUCUGAGGCAAAUGGAUCUGCCUACAUCGAACUGGAAAAGACAAAGCUCACCUGCGGCGUUUACGGUCCCAGACCUGUGAAGAGAGCUGGACAAGGAUUCAGUGACAGAGGAACGCUUAAUUGUGAAAUCAAGUUUGCGACCUUCUCCUGCGUCAAGCGUCGCGGUACCAUGCGGGAUGCACAAGAGAAGGAGCUUUCACAGAUCUUGAGCCAAGGAUUAACCCCCGCAGUGAGACUGGAACUCUUCCCGAAAUCAAACGUCGACAUUUAUAUCACCGUCCUGGAAUCCGAUGGCUGGGGCUCCUGUAUUGCAGCCGCUUUUACUGUCGCAUCUGUCGCUUUGGCCCAUGCGGGAAUCGAGAUGCUUGACCUCGUCGCUGGUUGCUCCGCCUCUUACAUCCCUACCUCAAUACCCUCCACAUCAUCAUCCACCACAUCAGAAGCACCAUCAGAAGGAGCAACAGGAUCAAUAACGCCACAAAUCUUUAUGGACGCCGAUUUGGAGGAAGAAAAGUUUCAACAGGGUUCGAUUGUGUUGGCGUAUAUGCCAUCAUUGAACCAGACGACACAUGUCUUGCAGUCGGGUAAAGCCGAAGGCGCCAUUAUUUCCCAGUCGGUUGAGCAUUGUGUCGAGGCUUGUAACAAGAUCUUUGCGGUUAUGAACCAUGCCCUUCUGGAGUCUAUUGAUCAGAAGACGGUGUAA